AGCUUUUUGACAAAUUGUCAUUUGUCAAAUUCUGUAUGUCAAACAUAGUUUCAACGUGAACAAGUUGAAUAUUUCAUCAUUAUUUUGUUCAAGUAAUUGAGAAAACUAGACAAAAGAUUUAAAACUAACAUAAAGAUGCCGUUGUCGUGCAGGUUUUACCAGGAGAAGUAUCCUGAAGUUGAGGAUGUGGUGAUGGUUAACGUAAGAUCUAUUGCUGAAAUGGGCGCUUACGUCCAUUUGUUAGAAUAUAACAACAUUGAGGGCAUGAUUCUAUUGUCCGAGUUGUCGAGAAGACGUAUCAGGUCGAUUAAUAAAUUGAUUAGAGUGGGCAAAACUGAGCCGGUUGUUGUCAUCAGAGUGGAUAAAGAAAAGGGUUACAUAGACUUAUCAAAACGUCGUGUAUCAGCAGAGGACAUAGACAAGUGCACGGAGAGGUACGCCAAGGCCAAGGCGGUGAACUCUAUCCUGCGGCAUGUAGCUGAACUAUUACGCUACCAAAGUUCAGAGCAGCUGGAAGAGCUGUAUAAGCAGACUGCCUGGCGCUUCGAGGAGAAGUACAAGAAAGCCUCUGCUUAUGACUACUUCAAACAAGCAGCUGUAGACCCGUCAGUACUCAACGAAUGUGGUCUGGAUGAGAAAACCAAGGAGGUUCUCCUAGCCAACAUAAAGAGGAAGCUCACAUCUCAAGCAGUGAAGAUUCGUGCGGACAUUGAGUGUGCUUGCUAUGGCUAUGAAGGCAUUGAUGCAGUGAAAGCAGCCCUUAAAGCUGGCCUUGCACUGUCCACUCCAGACUUGCCUAUCAAAAUUAACCUUAUUGCUCCACCUUUGUAUGUAAUGACAACAUCCACACCUGAGAAAGCAGAUGGGCUCAAAGCACUACAGGAUGCCAUAGACAAAAUCCAAGAUACGAUCAACACUGCAGGUGGUGUGUUUAACGUGCAAAUGGCGCCUAAAGUGGUGACGGCGACGGACGAGGCGGAGCUGGCGCGGCAGAUGGAGCGCGCCGAGGCCGAGAACGCCGAGGUCGCCGGCGACUCGGCCGACGAGGACGAGGACCAAGGAAUGGGCGACGCCGGUAUGGAAGAGGAGCCGCAACAGAACGGCGCUUCAGAAGAAGAAGACGAAAACUAAUACACGCCCCUUAACCCUAAACCUACUUACUUAUAUAUUAUGUAUAAUGUAUAUGUAUACCUUCUCCUAAUAUAUAAUUAUUAUACAUGUUUUAU